GUCAUAUCAAAUUAUUGUACCAACGCGAGUUUAAAUCUGAAUCGAAUAUUUUUCGGGUCGGUUUCGGAUUGAAUCGGGUUGGGUGUACUUUUGACAACUUCUAUUCGUGGCGGAGUGUACACAAAUUUUGCUGAUAAAAUAAAAGUUGUUACUUCUGCCAUAGGAGCGUCAAAAGUUGCUUAAGAUCAUCAUAUGAUCAUAUGUCCUACUGAUCAACUGAUCUCUCUCUAACAUUGCCUAUUUCACAAAUUUUAAGCAUUACAAAGGCACUGGUAAUUUCUUCACCUUUGUUCAUCCUUUAAUUUCCCUGAGUUAUUUUUUAGGCGUAUUAAUUUUUACUUUUUUUAUUUCCCAAUUUCUGUCUUUGCUUUGUUUGAUUCACCAUUACAUUUGCAAUAUUUAUAAUGGGUUUAUCACAAUUAGCAUUUAUUUUGUGAAAUUUUUAAUUUUGGGGGCCAUAUUUAUCAAUAGAAGCUUUAAUUUUUGGGAUCAAGUUAUUUUCUAGGGCUUUAAUCAAUUGGGUUAUUUUUGCUACUUCCCAAAAGAUUAAUGUGACUUAAUCCAAUUUGGGUUGUGAUAUUUUUGCGAUUAGGCUUGAUUGUUGGGUUAGAAAUUCGCUUAAAACUUCAAUUUCAGGCAGAAAUUGAAGGUUUUUCUUUUUUUUUUGCUAAAUUUAUAAAGAGUUCAGUUUUACCUGCCAAAUUUGUCAUAUCGUUGUAAACAAGGUAAUAUCUUGUUUGUUGCUAACAUGUGAUAUUUCACUGAGCCUAGCAAGAAUAAUUUAUGGGAUAUUUUAGUCAAGUUAUGAUGUGAAUGGUUUGGAUCGUGUUCCGAAGAAUAGAAAUCAAUGAAUCUAGUUGUUUUUAGUUGGGAGAAGAUAUAAUGUACCAUGGGUUGAGGAGUUUUUAGAGUUUUAUAGAAGUAAACAGAUAUUAGCUUAUGUUGGUGUUUUCGGCUUCUAGAUUUUCCCAUGUGAAUGAACCAAGAGAACGGUGAGAAUUUAGGAUGGUGAAUUUUAGCAACACUUUCGAAGGACAAAGUAGCUUGAUCAUGCUAAUCAGAUGUUUGAAAAAGGGGAAAAGGAGACGAAUUGAUUACAUUGUGCUAUGGACUAGAGGAAUCUUAUCAAUCUUGAAGAGUUGAAUAUUCACGUUAUGUGACAUAGAUUACACUGUGCUACUGAAAUAGAUUGUGAAUAUGCAAGUGUUUGAGUUGGAAAUCAUGAAGAGUUGGAUAUUCAUGUUAUGUGACAUGUUUAUCAGGUGUUUGUCAAGUUAGCUGUACUAAAAAAUGUAAGUUGUUUUGCAAACAUGGUUUGCUGUUAGAAUUGCGAGAAUUUUUUGUAUCUAUGGCUCCGCUUAUUUUAGUGGAAAGCAAUUAUCUUGGAAAAUGAUUUUCCUCCAUUUUUCCAUUUUCCUUUGUUAUUUUAAAGGGUGUAAAAUAAUUUUCUCAUAGGUGGAAAGUUAUUCUUUAGAGAUCUGCAGAGAAUGUAUGCCACAUUUUCCUCUUUACUCCUCACUUCUCUUUUUUCUCUCCUCUAUCCUCUCCCGCCCUUUUGCUUCCAAUUUUCUUUUUAUCAUAAGUUUUCCUAUAAAUAAACAAAGGAAAACUCUUUUCACUGCAUUGAAAAUUGUUUUCAUUAGAAAAGUAGAAAAUGAUUUUCCAUCAAAAUGAACUGAGCUUAUGUUGAAAGUUUUCCAAGUCUCUAGUAUCAUAUGGUAUACCAAACUAUAUCAUUCCUAAUCAGAGGUUCAAAUAUUUUUGAACUUUUUCUUUUGUAAUUGGAGUGAGGUGGUUUGCAUGUGUCUCUGAUUCAAAAGACGUAGAAUAGGUUAUUAUUUGGAGCAACUGAGAAGCUGUUGACAGCUUAUUGAAACAAUACAUUUUGUCCAUUAGAGUUUCAAAAAAGGGGGAGACAAUGUUGUGAACGUCUCAAUGUCAGUGCUUAAGUUUUGCUUGAUUCCUACUGUAUUGCUCACUAAGGACUGGACUUUUGGGGAAAGCUUGUAUCAAGCAUAAGCACUAUGAUGUCAUACUUAAGAUUAGGUGAAGACAAGGAUUGAUUAUUUUGUUAUGCUUGUAUUGAGAUUUGGAAUCCAGGACAAUUCUUUUGUCAUUCAUCAUCCAAUGUUACAAUAUAUGGAGUACUUUCAAAUGCAAGAAGUUAUUGAUGCCUUCUUGAUCCAGGUCAAUUUGCUUUUGAUUGAAUGGGGUUAAUCACUGCUCAGGGUAAACAGCCCCUCUUCCCUUUUGGAGUUAUAUCAGAUGUUCAAUAUGCUGAUAUUCCUGACGGUCGCUCCUUUCUUGGUGUGCCUCGAUAUUACAGACACAGUGUACUUGUGUUGGAAAGGGCGGUCCAGAAAUGGAAUAGCCUCCAAAAUCUUAGUUUUGCUGUCAAUUUUGGCGACAUUGUUGAUGGAUUCUGCCCUAAGGACCAGUCUCUAAAUGCUGUAAAGAUGGUUGCUUCCAAAUUUGAAGAAUUCAAUGGCCCUGUAUACCACAUGAUUGGCAACCACUGCCUUUAUAAUCUUUCUCGUGAAACGCUACUCCCAUUAUUGAAGAUUCCAAGUCAUGAUUGCAGCGCUUAUUAUGAUUUUUCACCAACACCUGGUUACCGAUUAGUUGUUCUUGAUGGCUAUGAUAUUAGUGUCAUAGGUUGGCCUCAAGAUCAUCCAAAAUCAAUGGAAGCUGUGAGAUUUCUCAAGGAAAAGAACCCGAACUUAGAUAAAAAUAGUCCUGUUGGACUCAGUGAUCUUGAAAGAAGGUUUCUGAUGUUCAACGGAGCAAUUGGAAGGGAACAGCUGGAAUGGUUAGAUCAAGUCCUCCAGAAUGCAACUGAUCUGAAACAGAAGGUGAUCAUCUGCUGUCACCUGCCUCUAGAUCCUGGCGCAACAACACCUGAAGCACUUCUAUGGAAUUACAAUGAAGUGAUGGAUGUUAUACGCAAAUACAAGUGUGUAAAAGUCUGCCUUGGUGGCCACGAACAUAGAGGGGGUUACUCGGUUGAUUCCCAUGGGGUCCACCACCGUAUUUUCGAAGCAGCCCUUGAGUGUCCUCCCAGUUCGGAUGCAUUUGGGUAUGUUGAUGUGUAUGACGAUAGAAUAUCACUUGUUGGAACUGAUAGGAUGAAGAGCACAGAUAUGGUGUUUGAUUCGUGACCUCUUACUAUAUGCUAAUGUAUUCUUUAUCUAACAAAUUAUUCCUCUUCCAGUUCUUCCUAUACCAUAUUGUUACGUUAUUGUUAGAUUCGAUAGCUGGUGCCUUAUGGUCCAUUUAUCAUUUCUUUUGUAAAUGAGUUCCGUUGAUGGUAUUACCAACUGCAGAAAGUAGGUCUGAUUACCACGAAUAAACAUUAUACUACUAUUUUAGUGUC